CUAGUUAUCAAAUGUAUUAUAAAAUGGACCAAUCAGAUAAUUGUUAGUAUUACAUAGGUCAACGAUAUCAUGUGUACUAUUCUUCGAAGACAGCGGUUUUGAUAUGUAACAUAUUUCUGUUGUAUUCGAUUUCAAACAUAUCUUAUAAUAAUUCUAAUAUGUUUUACUUUAUUUCGUGCGUGUUUUUGAUAAUUAUUGUACCAUGUAUACCUAACAAGAUUAUUUCACAGAAUGUACCAUUUCACAGAGAAAAGUAUUAUCACGACCCAAUAUCUUUAACAAAUGAACAACUCAUUACACUUGCUGAUAUGUCAAACAUCACUAAUAUGGAACAUGUGUUAGAUAACAUUUGUGUUGUCAGAGUUGUAGGUAGUUCUCAACAUAAAAAAGUGAAAGAAUACAUCAUAAAAGUCAUGAAUGAUCUUAAUUGGACUGUAGAGUCAGAUAUUUUUGAGGAUGUAACGCCUAUAUUUGGAAAAAUUCAAUUUGAAAAUAUUAUUGCAAAAUUGAAUCCAAAUGCUACAAGGUAUUUAUCAUUAGCUUGUCAUUUCGAUUCAAAAUAUACCAGAGAAGGAGAUUUUGUUGGUGCCACAGAUAGUGCAGUACCAUGUGCUCAAAUGAUUAAUAUUGCUACUGUCAUGGAUAAACAACUAAAGUCUAUUAAAAAUCAAAAUGUGAGUUUAAUGUUUAUUUUCUUUGACGGAGAAGAAGCUUUUAAAUCUUGGGGUCCAGAAGAUUCCAUUUAUGGAGCAAGACAUUUAGCAAAUAAAUGGCAUAACGAACGUACCACACUUAUACGAGAUAUUAAUAUUUCUGAACUUGAUAAAAUGGAUAUAUUAAUACUUUUAGAUUUAAUAGGAGCUUCUGAUCCAACAUUUUACAGUUAUUUUGAAAAUACUCAGAAGUGGUAUUCGUUACUUAUUAAUCUUGAAAAUACUUUAGCAGGAUUAAGAAAAUUCGAAAAUUAUUCCUAUGAGAAAUCAGAACAGAAAUACUUUCAACCAUAUUCUAUAUUGGCAGAUAUAGAAGAUGAUCACAUUCCUUUUUUGAGAAAAAAUGUUCCAAUUCUACAUUUGAUACCAUAUCCGUUUCCAACUUUUUGGCAUAAAUCAGGAGAUAAUCGCAGUAAUAUAGAUAUGAAAACAAUAGAGAACAUUAACAGAAUUCUAAGAGCAUUUAUUGCCUCAUAUUUACAUAUCAAUGUAUGACAAUUAUUUUUUGCUAUAACCAUAUACAGUAAUAUUAUGAACAUGGGUAUCAAUUAUAUAACUAAAAUAUACUAAUGUAUUUGUUAAACAAUGACACUUAAUGUCUGUUAUUUACAUAAAUCAGAAAAAGAGAGGAGAGAAGAGAGAGAGAGAGAGAGAGAGAGAGAGAGAAAUAUAACAAAUCAAUAUCUGUAUACAAAAAUAUGUACUUAUUGUAUAUAUGAUCAAAAAAUUAUUUUAUGUUAACCAU